GCAGAGCUUCGGGACGGAGAGAGAGACAGACAUAGACAAGAGUUUCAGGGAGAGAAAGACAAACAAAUAGAGGUAGAGAGACAGAAGGAUCGCGAAACAAACUGAUAUAGAGACAGAGAAAAACAACAGGGCGAUCGAGACACCCACACAGACAUAUUAACAAACAGAGAGAGAAACAGAGACAACAGUGUGGAGCAGGAGGGACACCACGUCAAGCAGCAUCAGAGGAGCAGGAGACCCAGCGUUGCUGGCCGGGACCCUUCUUCAGCAACAGGGAGUUGGAGACAGUCAGUUCGAGAGUAUAGCCACAGUGACACUCACCAGGAUACAGAGCGAAAGGGAGAGAGACGGAGCCUCAACAUGCAGCCUCCCCCCAGAAAGGGUCGAGUGAGCCAGGAGGUGAAGCUCAGCUUCUCGGAGCAGUUGUGUAAAGUACAGAGCAAGCAUCAGCAGGAUGCUGAGCUCCUGGAGGACAUCAGGUCGUUUAGUAAACAGAGAGCUGCAAUUGAGAAGGAAUAUGGUCAGGCAUUACAGAGAUUGGCUGGACAGUUCUUGAAGAAAGACUGGAAUCGUGGAAAGCCGGAUAUGAGUGACAACAGGACCACCUCAGCGAUCUGGCGUUCCACCAUUGAAGCGACGGCCCAGCUCGGCCUGGCACAUGUUGUGGCGGCAGAGAAUCACCGAACAGUCAAUGUGGAGGCAGCGAAGACUGUGCGCUCGGCCAAGGAGCUGAGAUUGAAGAAGUGUUCAGAGCAGCUGCUUAGGAUCCAGUCGGAGCUGACGGAGGCGGUGAAAGAGGUGAAUAAAGCGAAGAAGAAGUACUGGCAGAUGCAGAGGAUUGCUGAGAUCACCCGGGAGAAAGCAGCUGAGGCAGAUGCCAAGUCAAAAAAGAGCGAAUUUGGAAUAUUUCAUUCAAAAACCAGUCUACAGAAGCUGAGUGCGAAGCUCUCUGCCAGAUUGUCCGAGUGCAACCAUCGGGUCACAGAAGCUAGGAACGAGUACCUUCUCUCGCUUGCUGCAGUCAUGGCACACCAGGACCAUUACCUCCAAACUGACCUGCCCGUUGUGAUGAAGAACCUGGAUGGGGAUAUAUACGAGAAGCUACAGGAAUACUUCACCCUCAUCAGCAAGACUGAGAUUGACGCUUGUCAGUCAGGACAGCAGUGGUUCCAGAAUGUUCUAGAAUCCUCCAGUAAGAUCUCCCGUGACUAUGACCUUCAGUUAUUCCUCCAAGAGAACCCAGUGUUUACAGAGCCCUCAGCCUUCCUUUUCCAGCCAGCUGGUUCUGAUAAGGUUUGCCAGUUGGAAGUACAACCUGGUGACCAAGACAGAGAGUCUAGCCUGGACAAGGAGGCACGCAAGUGGGCGACUAAACUCGCAAAUAACCACAAAGUCAUCGCCCAUGGAGAGCGGGUUUUACGCAAUUUAGAGCAGCGAAAGAAGCUGUCUCCUGAGGAAGAGAUUUCAGGCAUUGAGGCCAAGAUGGAGGAGGUUAAAGAGAGCAUCAGGAAAGCAGAGACAAGCAAGAUGAAGGCAGAUUCACGCCUGAGCCUGCUACGUGAGGCUGGACUAGAGGUGGACAUGUGGCUGGUGAGCACUAUGAACCAGGCCAGUGAGGAGCUGGAGAGAGAGAGAAAGCUGAGUGAGGCUCGAGUAUCAAAUGGAGGCCUCCCAGAGUUCGAUGAGUUAGAUUUCACAGAUUUCGAGGAAUUUGAUGACACCAAUGAGAUCUUUGAUGAGGGCAGUCAGUCAAACCUGGGUGGUUCUCCCCGAAUGUACCCAGUGCUCUGUAAAGUGCUCUACAGUUACCAGGCCGCACAGUCUGAUGAACUGACUAUCGCUCUAGAAGAGCAGCUCGAGGUGAUUGAAGAUGGCGACAUGGAGUAUUGGGUGAAGGCCCGGAAUAAAUCUGGCCAAAUAGGCUAUGUGCCUGAAAAGUAUCUCCAGUUUCCAGGUGGGAACGGCCUAUCCAGCAGGAUCUCCAUGGUAACAUCCUCUGACAUCACAUCCUAUUCCUCAUCCAGUAGCUCUGCUGAGCAGGAACUGAUGGCUUGCAGUGGCCUGGAGCAGGUAACAGAUGGAGUGUGCUUGGCCCGGGCAUUGUACGAUUAUGAGGGACAGAGUGCAGAGGAGCUGUGCUUCCCUGAGGGUGGCCUGAUCAAGGUCCUUCACACUGGUGAGCGUGGAGUGGAUGAUGGAUUCUGGGAAGGAGAAUUCAAUGGCCGAAUUGGCGUGUUUCCAUCCUUGCUCGUCGAGCUGCUGGUUGGGGAAGGGACAGACCUGGAGUCGGAACCGAUGCUGGAUCCCACAUCCCCUCCUCCAUUCUCUCCUCCUGCUCCUGAUUCUAGUCUGGUGCCAUAUCACGCUGCAGGAUCCACACAGCAAGAGAGACUUCAAGUGUCACCUAGAAACAGCGUUUCUGCUGUUCAGAAGGAGGAACCCCACAUCCUGGAGCCCACUUCUGAAAUGCCUGCUGGACGACUUAGACCUAUUCGAGCUGCCCCUCCUCCACCAUCAUCCAGUCCAGUUUCCCACCAGGAUGAGGAACUCCUCGUAUGAAUAUUCCCACCUGAAUUCAGACCCUACAUGUGGAAUCAUAUCCAACUGGAGGAAUGGGUGAUAGGCCUUUGGUUCCAGGAUUGGUGCUUCACAUGGGAGAUGUGAGGGGGUCGGACUGCGGUUCUUAUCAGAAUUUCCACAGAAGGGGAACCAGCAACCAACACUUCAUUAAGCUGACACAUCAGGUUCCACACAGAAGAUGGGUUCAUUGGUGCAUUCAUCAAGGGCUUUCUCUAAGAGCACCAACCUUCAUUGUGAACAAUUUAAACGCAUGCGGAGCCUCUCCCAUGGUGAGACAUUCCUGGAACAUGAACAUGGAAUCAUGUGAGCAUAUAAAACAUAGCCAUGGAAUGAACAUGGUGCGAUGGGAUUUGGAAUUCCAACCAAUGACACUUUCUGGAGCCAAGCUGAUUGCCCAACACUGUGUUUGAUCUCAGGAGCACAAAUGACAAGGGGUACUGCUUUGUGGCAGUCUCUAUAAUGGUGAUCUCAUUUGGUGAUCAGUGAAACAGUUAUAUGCCGGUGCAUGCAUAUCUGUCACUGGAUGGGAUGAGUAAUGGUAUCAUUACUUCUUUGACAAUGUACAGGCUGCCACUCAAAUUACUGGGUUACCUCUGACUCCUCAGUUAUGAAAUGACACAUCUUGAGGGCUACCUUCUGAAAUCAAUGGGUUUAGCACAAAAGAAGUAUCUUGUUGAACUAUUUUGCAAGGUCGUUAUGGUCAAUCAUGUUGAUGUGUAAUAGGACUCGUGUAGUUUCAAAUCAGGUAAGGAAUGCAGGUUUCUGUCCCUAAAGGACAUUGAUGAGUCAACUGGGUUUCUCCCAACAGCUUCAUGGUUACUUUCCCUCAGACCAACUUUUCAUUUCCAACUGCUUUCAAACUCUCAUCACCACAGAAUCCUACAGUGUGGAAACAGGUCAAUUGGUCCGGCAAGUCCACACCACCCCUCCAAAGACAACCCCACCCAUCCCCAUCCCCAUCCCCACCCCCUUCCCUGUACCCCUGCAUUUUCCACGGCAAAUCCACCUGAUGUACACACCCCUGAACACGAUGGGCAAUUUAACAUGGCCAGCCCACCUAACCUGCACAUCUUUGGACUGUUGGGGGGAAACUGGAACACCCAGAGGAAACCCACACAGACACAGGGUGAUAUACAGACUCCACACAGGCUGUCGCCUGAGGGUGGGAUAGAACCUGGGUCCCUGGUGCUGUGAGGCAGCAGUGCUAACCGCUGAGCCACCGUAAUGCCCCAAUUCUCCAAGUUCCAGCCAAUUACUUUGCCAGGAACACAAGGUUUGCAGCACUCUUCCACUCAUUGUAUUAAACCUCCAACAAUGGUUGAAGACGAAGGCCCAUUAUCAUCCCUGCAGGGAACAGACUGCAAUAGGCAACAAAGUCUCGGUCUUCGGUUGCACUCAUGACUCUGGAAUUGACAAAAUCAAAAUUAUGGGCUUAUCCUUGCUCAGAGUGGACUCAAGUUGUGGAAUAAGAAAACAUUGAGGAUCGGAUGCAGAUGUAAACUUGAUCAACCAGCUGAGACACUUGGAGUACACUUGGAGGUAGAAUCUGACCUGACAAUGGAAUGAGACUGUGUGUUUGGGAGAGCUUUGAGCUCAUCAUUUCUGAAGAGUUCAGUGUAAACUGUUUUCCACCUUUAGGAGGAAUGAUGAGGCCUAAAGUGGGUGCAGAGCAGGUUUAUCAGAAUCCUACCAGGAAUGGGGGGAUUUCACCUUUGCAAAAAGCCUGGAGAUGCUGGGAUAAGUCCCUUUAGAGAAGAGAACAUUAUGGGAGGUUUGAAAGAAGACAUGGAGAGUUCUGACCAGAAUGAAUGGAGGAAAUUUAUUUCCAGUGUCAGGGAGGAUCAUCAACCAGAGGCCACAGAUUUUAAGAUAUUUGACAAAAGAACCAAAGAUGAGAUGUUGAUCAUUUUUAUACAGUCAAAAUUUUUUUGUAUAUUAACUCAAGGGGUAUGAGAUUCAUGAGCUGGGUCAGUAUUUAUUGUCUAUCCCUAGUUCCCCUCGAAAUGGCCAUUUGUGAGCUGCAUCCUUAAAACUCUGCCAACAUCUGGUGUGUAUGCACCCACAAUCCUGUUCCAGAGGGAGUUCCAGGAUUGUCACUCAAUGUCAAUGAAUGAAUCUGAUAUGUUUUCCAAAUCAUAAUGGAAAACAGCUUGUUAGGAAACUUGUCUGUGAUGUUGUUCCAAUCCAUCUACUCAACUUGUCCUUAUAGGAAGUAAAAUUAAACAUAAAGUUGGCGUAGUCUUACCAGGCCAUAGGGCUGCUUUUUCAGUAGAGAGAGAUGACUGCUGAUAGUUUAAACAGAAGGUCACCACAUCUCAGGCAGGG